AUGUUCUUCCUCUACAAUAUGGAACGCAGGGUGACCCUGCAUCCAUCCUACUUUGGCCGCAACAUGCACGAACUUGUCACCAGCAAGCUGCUAAAGGAUGUCGAGGGCACUUGCGCUGGAAGCUACUACAUCAUUUCCAUCAUGGACACGUUCGAUAUAUCCGAAGGGCGCAUCCUUCCUGGCAACGGCUUGGCAGAAUUCACCGUCGGCUACCGUGCUGUCGUCUGGCGACCAUUCAAGGGCGAGACGGUCGAUGCCGUUGUGUAUUCCAUCAACCCUCAAGGUUUCUUCGCGCAGGCUGGCCCACUGCGACUAUUCGUUUCGGCACAUCUAAUACCAAGCGAAAUUAAGUGGGAUCCCAAUGCCACACCGCCUCAAUUUACCAAUAACGAAGACACGGUCAUUGAGCCCGGGACGCACGUGCGCGUCAAGAUCAUUGGAACAAGAACAGAAGUUGGCGAAAUGUGGGCCAUUGGAAGCAUCAAGGAAGAUUACUUGGGCUGCCUUCAAGACUAA